GCAAGCAUGCAAAACCAGAGAGACCCAAAGAACGAGCGCAGGACCGGAUUACAAUGGGGUGAAUACAGCAAGCAUGCAAAACCAGAGAGACCCAAAGAACGAGCGCAGGACCGGAUUACAAUGGGGUGAGUAGAGCAAGCAUGCAAAACCAGAGAGACCCAAAGAACGAGCGCAGGACCGGAUUACAAUGGGGUGAGUAGAGCAAGCAUGCAAAACCAGAGAGACCCAAAGAACGAGCGCAGGACCGGAUUACAAUGGGGUGAGUAGAGCAAGCAUGCAAAACCAGAGAGACCCAAAGAACGAGCGCAGGACCGGAUUACAAUGGGGUGAGUAGAGCAAGCAUGCAAAACCAGAGAGACCCAAAGAACGAGCGCAGGACCGGAUUACAAUGGGGUGAGUAGAGCAAGCAUGCAAAACCAGAGACCCAAAGAACGAGCGCAGGACCGGAUUACAAUGGGGUGAGUACAGCAAGCAUGCAAAACCAGAGAGACCCAAAGAACGAGCGCAGGACCGGAUUACAAUGGGGUGAGUACAGCAAGCAUGCAAAACCAGAGAGACCCAAAGAACGAGCGCAGGACCGGAUUACAAUGGGGUGAGUACAGCAAGCAUGCAAAACCAGAGAGACCCAAAGAACGAGCGCAGGACCGGAUUACAAUGGGGGCAUUUGUCCUCUGGGUUUUCUUGGAAGUAUGGAGUCGAGGACUUCAGGAGCCUCAAUGCCAGAUGUGAAAGCCACACCAUGUGACUGCUCAGCGGCAGGAUCUCCUGCUGGCUGCAGCAUUGACUCUGAGAGAUCUCUGAGCAACCUGCCGACGUCCUUGUCUGUCCUUGGAGAUCCCUUGUCAGCCUUCUCCAGUCCAGCUGCUGUGCCGUACAGCAGCCUGCACGGAGAGCUGGGGCAGUGCCAGGUCAUGCCACACUGCCACGGCCUGGGUCCGAGGUGCUGUUCCACGAGCAGCCUGCACGGAGAGCAGGGGCAGUGCCAGGUCAUGCCACGCUGCCACAGCCUGGGUCCGAGGUGCUGUUCCACAAGCAGCGUGCAUCCUCUAAAGCACGUUGACCCACGGCUGCUCCCUGGAGAGGAGUGUGCUGCGAAGUGGGCCAGCCUGUGUGUGAACAACACCAGGAGCAGGUUGUAUCGGAGCAUGGAGAACAUUCACUGGACCGCCGUGUCAGACUCCAGUCUGUACAGUUUCAGCCCUCCAUUCAAAAGCGUGGACAGCGAGUUUAUCUUUCAUUGCACAGCCACCAGUCACUGGUACGACUCCUUCUCUUCCGAGGGACUUCUGGGGCCCGCUUUGGACAACACCCCCUUGUACUCCCGGAGAGUGCCUGUGCGAAGAGACCUUCCUCUGUUUACCAGGGCACCACAGUGGCUCUUUCCUGCGCUCAACGAGAAGAUCAUGAAUGGAGAUGCCAUAAGAGGGUUAAAGGAGAAGCUAAGACUUCAAAGCGUCAAGGUCUCAGAGCCUAAGAAACCGAUACGCCCCCCCCAAGCCUCCUUGGGUGAGCCAGUUGCUAAGGAUUCUAUUGAGAAUGGGACUCCCAGGAAGUGCAGCAGCGGUUGUUCAGUAGACUGCUGCGAGGGGCCUGAGGAGCGCUCCGCUCCGAGUCAGUGCAGCGCUGCAGUGAACAGGCAGACAUCCUCGUUUGCCCGCAGGAUAACCAGCCCCGAGGAGAUCAAGCAGGAGGUUAGGAGAAGACUGCAGCUCAGGAGGCAGAGCAGCACCCCAAACCUGAACCUCCACUCAGUGGAGCAAUGUGGAGAAGUAGUGAAAUCCCGAACGUCCGAGUCCAUUACGCAGCACAGCAGCAAAGCAGAAUGCAGGGAGCUGUCGCUGACGGCUGCGGGCAGGAAGAGGUACUCAAAGGGACGGCUGCACAUCCCUACUUUUGAGGAGUUCAAGAGCAUGCGAAAAAGAGAGACCGGUCAAGCCUCAGCCGUCGAGGGGACGGCUCAGAGACCAAGCGAGGGAGGCUCCUGGGCAGAGGAAGGGGCUGCUGGUAAACCAGUCACAGAGCAGACGAGUGAGGGGGGCUGCCAGACAGCUCCACAGAAAAACCUGAACAACGUGUCUCCUGCAGACCCGGGAUGCUGCUCAGAGAGGGUGGAAUUUGAAAGCAGGUCAUGUGACAGCAGGGGUCCUGCGGAACAGCUCAGUUGUCAAGAGGACAGUGCAGCCCCUGACAGCACCUGUCAAUCAGAGAGUCUAGUCAGCCCAAUAUGCACAAGUCCGAUACCGAGGUCUCCGUUACCCCAUGGGGGAGGGAAUGGGGUAAACCAACAUCAAAGCAAAAAGAAAUUUAGCAAAGACUUCUCCUCUCCGGAUGAACCUCAGGCAGCCGAGACCCAGUCCACCUGCUGCCCGUCGCUGCUGCUCGAGGCGACCGAUCUGUCCAGCUACGGGGUUAAAAUCUGCAAAAUGAAAGAGGGGUUCAUUGGCUCAGCUUUCGAUCUGAUCAAGAAAAGCUGCAGUGCAGAAACCGCUACUGAGGCUCUGGUCACGGCCUCACAUGACGUUGACAAAGCUGACAUCACUGCUCAAGGAGAAAGCAAUCAAUCCAGAGCGGUUUCCAUGACAACGAUGGCCUGCAGCACAGAGGCAAAUAUCCAGCCUUCUGGAGCACAACCUGCAGAACCAUGUCACCCCAGCCCUGCUUGCCGGAGGUCCAGUUCAGACGCUGCCUCUGACGCCCCCGAGUCCGUGAAGGCUCAGAGAGAGUGCCGGCUGCGGCCCCACUUCAGCGACCCCAUGCCUGCCGACGCUGCCAAGAGGAAGCAGCUGGAGAUGAAGAUCGCCGCAGCAGCCCGGCUUCACAGCCAGCGAAGGCACCAGGAGAGAGAGGCUGGUUCAGUUGUGGCCAAAAAGAACAGCCUUCACAGCUGCGGGUCGGAGCGCAAGACAGGGCAGGACGGGGGCAGCCCAAACACCUCCCAUCGAGCCAAGCAGCGCUGGAGCAGCCUGAGCAGCGACAGCGGGGUCGUGGGGCUGACCGAUGACAAGGAGGAGGAGGAAGAGGAGGAGCCGCGGAGCGAGGUGGAGCGAGCAGACAGCGGCAUCGGGACAGCCAUGGCCAAGAACUGGAGGAAGAGGCAGACAGACAUCAAGGCCUGGGAGUCUCACAGACCGUGCUCGGACUGCGGGGAGCGGGACUCGGUGUCGGAGCCCGGGGCAGGCAGGAGGGACAGUCUUUGUGAUAAAUGUGCGAAGCUGAGGAUCGAGCGCAAGGAGGCCAUCCUGGAGUUCAUGAACACCGAGUGCAGCUAUGGGGAGGAUCUGAGGAUCAUCAGGGAGGAGUUUUACUUCCCCAUGCAGACGGCUGGACUCCUGACCUCCGAGCAGCUGUCUGUGGUGUUCAGCAAUGUCCAGGAACUCCUAGAAGUGAAUGAGAAGUUCACUGAGCUUCUGCAAGACGGUAUCGAUCAGGGAGAUGAAGAUCUUCUGAAUGUGUGCAUUGGCGAGAUAUUUUUAGAGUUUGUCAACAUGCUUCCAGCAUUUCAGACCUACUGCCUCCAGCAAUCCACUUCAAUCAACAUGCUCAACACCCUGGAGAAAGAGAAAGAGCUGCUCAGGAUCUUUCUCGACGUUUCCCAAAACGAUAACAGCGCUCUGCGGCGCAUGAACCUGCGGUCCUUCCUGAUGGCGCCGCUGCAGAGAGUCACCAAGUACCCCUUACUGCUGAGCCGGAUCAGCAAAGCCACCACAGAGAAGCACCCGGACCACAGCAGCCUGCGAGAGGCCAAGAGCCGCGUGGAGUCCCACCUGGAGCACAUCAACAUGAAGAGCAAGCAGGAGGGCGGCUCCUGGUCCCUGCGCUCCUUCCGCCGGGACAGCCGCAAGAACAGGGAUGUGAUCAACAUCGAGAUGAGGGAGCUUUCCAUGAAGAGCACGGGCUGGCCACGGGAGAGCACACGCUUCGUCAUGGAAGGCCAGAUGCAGCUGUCCCAGCCUGCAGACGGACAGUGGGUCAGGAAGGGCAGCAAGGCCCUGAAGUUCCAGAGCGUGCACGUGCUGCUGAUGGUCCACAUGAACCUCGACGGGGGGGCGUGUUCGGACAGCCCAGCCCAGCGGGAGCCCGUGAGGGAGGCCGUCCUGGUGCUCAUCAAGGAUAAGAGCAGCGGGAAGUUGGCGGUGCUCAGGGAACCUGUCCGUCUCAGUAACUGCGUGGUGUCUGCAGACCCGGACUGUGACGACACCUUCGAGCUGCUCGACAUCCAGCGUGAGGCCUUCGUGCUCCGAGCGGCUGAGAGAUCCCGGACGCUACAGUGGUUCUGCCAAGUCAAGAGAUACUCCCACGAGCUGGGUCUCUGGAAGAAGAGGCGCAACGCCCUGCCGAACAUCAUGAUCAGCACUGUGCAGACCCGCUCCUAACAUCAUGAUCAGCACUGUGCAGACCCGCUCCUAACAUCAUGAUCAGCACUGUGCAGACUGGCUCCUAACAUCAUGAUCACGCUGUGCAGACCGGCUCCUAACAUCAUGAUCAGCACUGUGCAGACCCGCUCCUAACACCAUGAUCAUCACUGUGCAGACCCGCUCCUAACAUCAUGAUCAUCACUGUGCAGACCGGCUCCUAACACCAUGAUCAGCACUGUGCAGACCCGCUCAUAACAUCAUGAUCACGCUGUGCAGACCCGCUCCUAACACCAUGAUCAGCACUGUGCAGACCCGCUCCUAACAUCAUGAUCAGCACCGUGCAGACCGGCUCCUAACACCAUGAUCAGCACUGUGCAGACCGGCUCCUAACAUCAUGAUCAGCACUGUGCAGACCCGCUCCUAACAUCAUGAUCACGCUGUGCAGACCCUCUCCUAACAUCAUGAUCAGCACUGUGCAGACCGGCUCCUAACAUCAUGAUCAUGCUGUGCAGACCGGCUCCUAACACCAUGAUCAGCACUGUGCAGACCCGCUCCUAACAUCAUGAUCAGCACUGUGCAGACCGGCUCCUAACACCAUGAUCAGCACUGUGCAGACCGGCUCCUAACAUCAUGAUCACGCUGUGCAGACCCGCUCCUAACAUCAUGAUCAGCACCGUGCAGACUGGCUCCUAACAUCAUGAUCAUGCUGUGCAGACCGGCUCCUAACAUCAUGAUCACGCUGUGCAGACCCGCUCCUAACAUCAUGAUCAGCACCGUGCAGACCCGCUCCUAACAUCAUGAUCAGCACUGUGCAGACCGGCUCCUAACAUCAUGAUCAGCACUGUGCAGACCCGCUCCUAACACCAUGAUCAGCACCGUGCAGACCCUCUCCUAACAUCGUGAUCACGCUGUGCAGACCCGCUCCUAACAUCAUGAUCAUCACUGUGCAGACCCGCUCCUAACAUCAUGAUCAGCACUGUGCAGACCCGCUCCUAACAUCAUGAUCAGCACUGUGCAGACCCACUCCUAACAUCAUGAUCAGCACUGUGCAGACCCGCUCCUAACAUCAUGAUCAGCACUGUGCAGACCCACUCCUAACAUCAUGAUCAGCACUGUGCAGACCCACUCCUAACAUCAUGAUCAGCACUGUGCAGACCUGCUCCUAACAUCAUGAUCACGCUGUGCAGACCGGCUCCUAACAUCAUGAUCAGCACUGUGCAGACCGGCUCCUAACAUCAUGAUCAUGCUGUGCAGACCGGCUCCUAACACCAUGAUCAGCACUGUGCAGACCCGCUCCUAACAUCAUGAUCAGCACUGUGCAGACCGGCUCCUAACACCAUGAUCAGCACUGUGCAGACCGGCUCCUAACAUCAUGAUCACGCUGUGCAGACCCGCUCCUAACAUCAUGAUCAGCACCGUGCAGACUGGCUCCUAACAUCAUGAUCAUGCUGUGCAGACCGGCUCCUAACAUCAUGAUCACGCUGUGCAGACCCGCUCCUAACAUCAUGAUCAGCACCGUGCAGACCCGCUCCUAACAUCAUGAUCAGCACUGUGCAGACCGGCUCCUAACAUCAUGAUCAGCACUGUGCAGACCCGCUCCUAACACCAUGAUCAGCACCGUGCAGACCCUCUCCUAACAUCGUGAUCACGCUGUGCAGACCCGCUCCUAACAUCAUGAUCAUCACUGUGCAGACCCGCUCCUAACAUCAUGAUCAGCACUGUGCAGACCCGCUCCUAACAUCAUGAUCAGCACUGUGCAGACCCACUCCUAACAUCAUGAUCAGCACUGUGCAGACCCGCUCCUAACAUCAUGAUCAGCACUGUGCAGACCCACUCCUAACAUCAUGAUCAGCACUGUGCAGACCCACUCCUAACAUCAUGAUCAGCACUGUGCAGACCUGCUCCUAACAUCAUGAUCACGCUGUGCAGACCGGCUCCUAACAUCAUGAUCAGCACUGUGCAGACCCUCUCCUAACACCAUGAUCAGCACUGUGCAGACCGGCUCCUAACAUCAUGAUCAGCACUGUGCAGACCCGCUCCUAACACCAUGAUCAGCACUGUGCAGACCCGCUCCUAACAUCAUGAUCAGCACUGUGCAGACCGGCUCCUAACAUCAUGAUCAGCACCGUGCAGACCGGCUCCUAACAUCAUGAUCAGCACUGUGCAGACCCGCUCCUAACAUCAUGAUCACGCUGUGCAGACCCGCUCCUAACAUCAUGAUCAGCACUGUGCAGACCGGCUCCUAACAUCAUGAUCAUGCUGUGCAGACCGGCUCCUAACAUCAUGAUCAGCACUGUGCAGACCCGCUCCUAACAUCAUGAUCAUCACUGUGCAGACCCGCUCCUAACACCAUGAUCAGCACUGUGCAGACCCGCUCCUAAUAUCAUGAUCAGCACUGUGCAGACCCGCUCCUAACAUCAUGAUCACGCUGUGCAGACCGGCUCCUAACAUCAUGAUCAGCACUGUGCAGACCCGCUCCUAACAUCAUGAUCAGCACUGUGCAGACCGGCUCCUAACAUCAUGAUCAGCACUGUGCAGACCCGCUCCUAACAUCAUGAUCAGCACUGUGCAGACCCACUCCUAACAUCACGCUGUGCAGGUAGAGACUCAGGAUAUGAGCACACACCCACCUGGAGCACUGCCUCCAAAACACUGGGUCAUGAGACCAGUGGAGAACAAUGCAGCUGCUACUUGUUCAACGUCUACUUUUUUUUUAAUGGAUAUAAAGUAAGAAAGUGGAGGAAUUUGGACCGUUAAAAGAAAUUCCGAGAGCACUCAUUAGAAUUAAACGCAAAACUGAAAACGCAAAUGAAUGGCGUAAGAAUGGGCCCACCUGGAAUUGAGCAGUUUCAUUGUUCUCUUUGACAAAACUAAACAAUCACUGGCUGAGACCAUGAAUGUGGCUUUUGGUGUCCUGUCCCGUUGGUGAGAUGAGGUUAAAAGCUCUAGAACCACGAAUGCAGAUGAGCCCGGCUCUUUUGCACUGUGUUGUUUUACCUUUUGGAGAAGGAAUAAUGAAGAACAAAAAACAUAUAUUCUUACUGUUGGGGUUCUGUGUUAAAUUCUUAAACGAUCAAGCAUGAGUGAUAAUUAGUAAGGGGUAACAAUGUUAUUUUGUGAAUGUGCACAAGCUACUGAAAAUAUGUAAUGGAGCAUACCAUAAUGAACUGUGACACUAAACCCUUCUCUGAAAUCUUUUUUUUGUUUGACUCACUGCAAAUUUGUCCGAGUGUUCAGGAGGGUAAAGGGAAAGUCAAUUCUGUUGAAUCUGUAGUUCUGUCUACUUUUCUCACUGUAUUUUGGAGCUCCCCAUCCAAUGGCAAUAAUAUUUAUUUUCAUGUGUUGUAUCUGCAGCAGAAUCUGGAAAAAGCGUAAAAAAAGAAGGUAUUUGUUUCAUCCAACAUAAAUAAUGUAAAAAGUACUGUGAACAAAAAGACACGACUGGUUUAAAUGAAUGGGCUCAAAGUAUUAUAGAACACCCCUUGAUUUAUAUAACAUUCUGAACAUACUGUUUUGUUUGGAAAUUCAAUCGCGUUACUGUUUUGAUGUUGUUAUUAAUCCAAGGGUCAUAAAUCCACUGAGGGAUUGUUCCUGAAGCAAUCUUACUGAGCGUUAUGCUGUCCAUGCGUCUGUGUAAACUCUUCUAUAGUCCUGCCAGGAGGAGUAUCUGAAAUGGGCAAUAUUACUCUCAGAGUUUGGCAGUAUCCUGCUAGUUAUACCAGGAAUUCUUUUUUCCCCCAGUCAGCUUGUGUUCAGCAGACUUGUGUUAGAAGCUUGUGAUGUCAUCACCUCUUAACCCCUUCAGUGUUGGCUGCUAUUGAGUAUUGAUAGAGGCUGACAGAAAAUACAAAUAAUCGUGACACUGAUCAAAAGACCAGUGUGUGAGCCAAACAAACUUAAGAGUCCCCAUCUAUACAGCAAGGAUGUAUUCACUAGAUAUCUUAACAGAUGUUUUGCCACGCAAUCGGUUCUCUUAACUAGUUUAUAAUGUACAGUAUGCAUGUCAUUCUUCAUUGUAUUCCCAGUCCCCAUCAGUGUCUUCUGAAACAGCAGUUACAAAAGCUGCCAUGAACAUGUAAAACCUAUUGAAUAAUGAAACGUGCUGCAGAUGAUAAACCGCUAAUAGAGGGAGUGAUUCACAAUUCAUACAAUACUGCAGUGAAUAAGAGCAAUGCACAUGGUGCUCUAUUCAUUCCAGUAUGUUUGUGAGCACAGCACUGACUGGAUCUCAAAGAGCCCCCACAGCCUGCGUGUGAUGCGGCACUGCAGCACUGUACCAGUUCAGAGAUAGAAACCGUGUGGAGCACAGCACUGACUGGAUCUCAGAGAGCCCCCACAGCCUGCGUGUGAUGGAGCACUGUACCACUUCAGAGAUAGAAACCGUGUGGAGCACAGCACUGACUGGAUCUCAAAGAGCCCCCACAGCCUGUGUGUGAUGAAGCAUUGUACCAGUUCAGAGAUAGAAACCGUGUGGAGCACAGCACUGACUGGAUCUCAGAGAGCCCCCACAGCCUGCGUGUGAUGGAGCACUGUACCACUUCAGAGAUAGAAACCGUGUGGAGCACAGCACUGACUGGAUCUCAAAGAGCCCCCACAGCCUGCGUGUGAUGAAGCACUGUACCAGUUCAGAGAUAGAAACCGUGUGGAGCACAGCACUGACUGGAUCUCAGAGAGCCCCCACAGCCUGCGUGUGAUGCAGCACUGUACCAGUUCAUAGAUAGAAACCGUGUGCACCUUUAUGGAGACAUUAUAAUGUAGAAUAGUUACAGUAACCUCCAUGAGAUCUCAAAAAGAUGGUGAACGUUUUUUAAUUUUAAAUUCGUAUUAUUAUUCUUUUUUUUUUUGUAAAUUUAAAAUACCUAUACGUUAACAUUGCCUUUUGUGUGAAAUACUGUGAAUUAUAUAAAAAGUGAAAUGUAAACAUGUCUUGUCAUACUUUUUAACCCCUUCUGGAAUACAAAGAGAGUAUUAUCUUGCGUCCUCGGUUUAUAUGCAAAUAUGACAACACGAGUGGUGAUUUCAGUUUUCUCUUCCGGAAUGCUUUCAGGACACAUGGAUUCUAAAGAGUCUAUGAACAGGACAGCUUGUGACCCAACCAGACAACUGGAAUGAUGCUGCAGCUGGAGGCAGGUUUUAUACACAGCGCAGCUUAUGGGUGGGAGCUCCUUGUUUCUUUAGUGUAUUACGGCAGGGAUGGACAUGAGACUCCUAUUGCACAGCAGUUUCACCCCUUCCAGGUUUUAGUAUGUGCUUGAUUAGCCACAGUGUAUAGGUAACAAUCAGAUCAGGUGUGUCUUAUUACAUUCACAGUAAACCCAGGAGUGGAUCAAACCGCUAUGCAGGAGGAGUCUGACUGGCAGUAGCACAGCAGCCAGUGUGUGUGAAGCAUGUCCGGUCUCACACUGAAACAUCCAAGCCCACUGUCUGCCAAGUUUACUCAGGCCACCAGCUUGGAACGCUAGCAGAAUUGUAUUUCGUAUUGUGUAGCCUGACAUGCACAGAGUAUCUCAGAGCCAGAAAGCACUGCCUUUUAUGCAUGAUGGAAUAUUUCAAAAGAUUUCAGAUGAAUAUUUAGGACUUGGUUGGACCUCAUGCUUAUGGUGUUUUGUGGUAGCAAUAAUAACAGAGAAGUUAGGAUACAAGAGGAAAGCUUCACAACACCAGGAGGCGCAAUGCACAAUGAAACAAUGUUAACCCAUCAGUGGAUUUUGUUCAGCUUGUAUUAUCCUGAACCAGGCUCAGACCGUUUACUCAGCUUCACAUAUCUUUUAUUAGAGGCUGUUUCAUUACAUUUUUGAACAGGCAUUAAAAAUCAGUCCAAAAAUAGUAGAACAUUAAAUCUUAUUGCUGAAAACACACCCUGACAACAACUAGAGCACUUUCUAAAACAGUUUAAGCCAUUUUCACAUUUACAAAAAAAACAAAACAGAAAUAAAGCAUUUCUAUGCAAUUGAACAGAAUGGUCUCUCAAUGUCACACCAAGUGCUUCUAUGAAAAGAAGCUUUUUACAUUUCUGAAGCCCUUUCAUUGUGUUACGUGCACGCACUGCGCUGACUGGAGAAUCACAGCAGCCUCCUGCUUUUCAUUUCGUUUUUUUAAACACAGCGUUCCUGUUCUGCAGUAGUGGAGUUUGUACCAAGUGAUAAACAGCCACACAAUGGGCCUGGCUGAUUCGGGAUUAGCAGUUUCAAAAGUAUAUAGUAGCGUUCUCUUAAACAGAUACAUGAUGUUAUUGAAGCAUGUAUGCAUAUGGCUUUUUUUUAGUUUCAGAUCUUUAUUGGUGGAGAUUCCUCAGCCUACGUUACCAGGCCCUCACUGCACAAGCUUCCUUACUUUGCAUGCAAUAGAAAUAAAAAGAAGCGCUGUACAGUAACACUGCAUUGCUGUGUAACAACACUGCAGCAGCAGCAGCAGCAGCAGCAGCAGCAGAGCCCAGUGCCGAAGCACUGAGGCCAGCCUAAUGCCAAGGCCAAGGACACACUGUGUAACUGGAACUGAACACGAGAUUAUAUAGAAGAUACAGAUCUUUUUUUUUUUUCUUGUAAUGUAUCAAGACUUUAAACAAAAUUUCAAUGUUUGUUUUCUCAGAAACUGAAUGCAAAACAAUAAAGAACACCAGACAAGUUAUAUGUAAACAUUUACUGUAGUUCAGCUACCCAAACUGUUUUUUCUGUUGCCUUAAAAGAGGGAUUUGCAUUCUUUGGAAGUCGUUUCUCUCUCUUGUCAUCCAAAGUUGGCACACAGAUUUGCUGAGGUAAGGAUAUGAACAAUGACUGUAAUUCUAAGGUUCUUGGGCAGUAAUCGAUUCGGUGUCUGCUCCACACGCACGCAGCUCCUGGACUAAUAAACACAUGGCAUUGAUUGAUGUCUCUUCUUUUACAAGCACAUUAUACAAGUUCAAAAUCAUACAGUUCAUGUGAUGAAAACAAAACAAAAAAAAACACUUUGGUAUACAUUAUAAUUUCAAAAGUAGUGUUACUGCCAUGCUUUUGAGGAUCUAAAACAAACUAAUGAAAUAGAGCACAUGUAAGAUAAACAGGUUUCACAAAGGGGAUACGGUUUCCUUGAAUGUGCUAAAUACACAGUAGCCAUGCACCAAGGUGAAGUAACAAGGUGCCUCUUUCUAGCGUGCCCAGUUGUGUAAAUUUAAAACAAUACAACACAUGAAAGAUUCUGUAUCGAACCAUUUAAAAAAAUCUGUGUGACUCUAGGAACUGUAUCGCUGGACGUAUUCUGUGAUUUUUAAAUCCUAUAAUAGCAGUAAUUGAGUGUCGUGGAAGAUGACAUGGUGCAUGACAAAGACCAUAGAAGAGUUAGUGUGGACAAUAACUACAUUGUAUUCAAUACAUGCAUGCCUACAGUACAUGUUUAAAAGGGCUACUGUUUGAGAUUUCAGGGAGCAUUUCUAAAAUGCCAUUUAUAAUGCAACACCAAAUUCAGACUGGUGCAUCUUAAAAAAAAAUAAUAAUAAAUUGAAAAAAAAAAAAAAAAAAAAUUGAAAA